AUGUACACCCGUCGUACAUCACCAACCUCUUUGCCAGCAAGCUCCGCCCUCAUGUUUCUUUGUGCCAUGCUUGCCCCUCAAUCUUUUUCUAUCGGUAACGCAUGCGCAUUAUCUAGCAGGACGAGUCGACGGUUAAAGUUGAACGCAAGACUGUUUAUCGAGCUUAUUAUUUUGAGGAAAGAAGUAAUGGAAUCCAUUCCUUCUCUCUCUUCGUUGCGCCUGCUUGUUCCUCCUUUACGUCUCACAUCCGCAUUCAUGUGGCAAGUUGUCCAGGAUCAAAAUGUGGAGCAGUUUGGAAAACUGGAAGAAUUUGUUUCUGUUAUGACUAACCUCGUCCCAGAGCUCUUAAGUAAAAGGCAGAGGGCAACUUUGAUAGUAGGUUUGCGGGCAAAGAUGAUUCUUGAGAUGUGUAGAGGUGAACUUCCAGCAGAUCUUCAGACUGUAAAAUCACACAUUCACCGCAUUCAGACCACAGAUUUAUUAAAGGUGAAUGACUCGGACAUGGAGAACUUACAGGACAGUGUACUUCAGCUUGUUCUGAGCUUGCUGGAGGACUCUUUCAAAAGAGAAUACUUCUUUCAGGAGGUAUUUCCUGUAGAGUAUGGUCCUGACUUUGAUAAAGCACUACAAGUACUUGUUGGCUUUUUCCUGUCCAGAUUGGAACAACGUCUGCCUGUACCGAACUUCAAACAGCUUUCUCUGCUGCUCAGCUGUGACCCUGCAGAGUUGGAUGCAUGUGUGACCUCUGUUUGUAAAUCACAGUGUUUACUAUCCUUGCUGCAGACAGAUGUGUGUGGGACAUUGGAAAAAAAUGUUCUUCCAUCUAUUGUGGAGGAUCGAAUAUUCUCAUCAUUGUUGCUGCCUCCUAUCAGUGACUCUGUCAUUAUAAACCAGCACAAUGAUGAUGGCAAGUUACAACUGCCUGUUUGUUCCGUAAACCUGCAAAACCAAGAACACAGUGUAGACAAGGAGACCGAGACAAGUGAUCCAAACGUCCAAGAUGUGGGAUCAAGCUUCAGCAGCGAAUCAUCGGAGUGCUCAGGGGACAGUGAUGGAGAAAAGGAAAUUAUUUCUAAUGCAGAUGGACUGCAACAGAGUAACACAGAAGAACAGAGUGUACCGUCAUCCACUAGUAAUGCCCAUCAAGAAGAUUUAGUCUUCAAAGCAGCUCCUCUCCAGCGUACCACUCUUGACACCUUCCCAAAAAAUCCUUCCAAAGGCUUUCAUUACGCUGGCCGGACCGUCCACAAAUGUCAUCAGUGUACAAAAUAUUUCAUAUACCGCACUGAUCUUUUUAAGCACCAGGAAAUUCACAACGUAGACGGGGCACACAAGUGUCCUCAGUGUGGGCUUGUUUUCAGCGAUCUGACACAACUUACUUCACACAGAAACACUGGCUGCAAUACAAGAGUUUUUAAAUGCAUCAAGUGUACAGCGCACUUUAGAUCUCUCAAAACACUCUACAGACACAACCGAGUGCACAAAGAGAAAACCACACACAAAUGCCCUGAAUGUGGACGGUUGUUCACAAGUCUGUCACGUUUGGUCGGUCACCGGAGAAUUCACAAAUCUCCUUCCAUUAAAAGGAGUUACAGUUGCAAACAAUGCAGCGAGACUUUUGGAUCAUACCGAGCCAGUUUAAUCCACCAGAAGAUCCAUAAAGUUCAAGACAUUCGCCCGUCUAAAUCAGAGCGGCAGCCAGGAAAAUGUCGUUUUUGUGACUUGACAUUCAAUGUUGAUAGUGAAUUAAGAAGCCAUCUCAAGACGCAUGCAGAAUUUCGGCCAUAUAUAUGCGAUCAGUGUGGGAAGUGCUUUUCGGCAAACAGCAGCCUGCUCGCCCAUCUCUCAAACCACACGGGCGAGAAACCUCUCCUUUGUUCGCAAUGCGGAAAACGUUUUUACAGCAAGAUCCAAUUGAAAUCCCACAUGAGGUGUCAUUCCGGUGAACGGCCACACAUCUGUCCAUACUGCAAGAAGCAGUUCUCCCUGUCUGGGAAUUUGAAAAUCCACAUCAGAAUUCAUACCGGAGAGAAGCCGUACGUUUGCCAUCAGUGUGGAAAAGGUUUCGUAUCCGCCGGAUGCUUGCAAGUGCAUCUGCGCUCUCACACGGGAGAGAAACCGUAUCAGUGCAAAGUCUGCGGGAAGAAAUUCGUGGUUUCGAGUCACCUGACGGCUCACAUGUGUUUUCAUACCGGAGAGCGGCCACACUGCUGUUUACAGUGCGGGAAAAAAUUCAUCCGCCGUUAUGACUUGAGCAAGCACAUGUACACUCAUAUUGGGAAGCGUCCGUUUCCAUGCCCGCUGUGCCCGAAGGCGUACACGUGUCGCACACACUUGAACAGGCACAUGAAAAGUCACAGUGUUUGACUUGCGUGAAUCAUUUUGUUAAGUGCCUUGUGUAGAGUAUAAACAUCUAUGAUCGUACAAUGAAACUUUGCUCAUUACUUACACACCCAUUCCCAACAUGUAUGCAAUUUUUUGUGCAACCUAAAAGGAGAAUUUAAUUUUUUUUCAUGUUUAUCAAGAAUAACUAAAAAAAAUUGCUCGUAUUCUGUACUAAAAUUGUUCACCUGGUUAAAUUUUUUUGCUAAAAACUCACCUGGUUUUUGAGAGGAAACUUACUUGAUUAGGUUACCAGUGGAUGAUAAAAUUAUCAAAAUUGUUUCUUCCUCACACAAAACCAUUUCAAAAUAACACAAAGCAUGUGGACUUUUCCAUACUGCUGUUUAGAAAAAUAUUGCAUACAGGUUAAGUCAUUUAUGAUGAAUUACUAUUAUUGCUGAACUGUUUACACUCUAGUGCUGUUAAACUUGGUCAAUUCCAGUUGAUUCACUACACAAGACAUUUGAAGAACAACUGCAACAUAACUUUUGAUGGUUAUUUGUAAUAUAGUUUUGAGCAAUUUCUGUAGAAAUAUAGGCUUAGAGCCCAUGUAUUGGUUUUUCUUAGAUUUAUGUUUGUCUAACAUCAUUUAAAGCUAAAGUCGGCAUAAUUAGAAAUCAACCAUGAAUUGAUUGUGCUGAAUAUCAUAGCUGUAUACUGAACAGAAAAUGUCACUACUGUAUCACUUAAAGUAGUAAAAUUUUGUGUCAUCA